GAAGAACGGGCGCCAAUGCGAGUGAAACCCUCUUGGGUGGCCUUCAGACGGGAACACAGUAAACACCAGAAAGCAACAUCCGGGGUGCCAUUAAGCAAUGAAUAUAGUUUGAAGGAGUUGUCAGGAACAGCGAAUUUGAUGACUGCAAGUGACUCAGAGCAUGCCCAGAAACCAGUGUCCCCUACUGGACAAAUAUGUGCCUUUGGAAAGCACACUAGACAAAAAUCAGAACUCAGGAGAAAGGAGAUUGACUUGAAGAUGUACAGCCUAAGAGAAAGGAAGGACUGUGUUUACCAAGAGGUCACCGAGCCCCAGGAUGAUGACUACCUUUAUUGUGAGAAGUGUCAGAACUUCUUCAUCAACAGCUGUGCUGUGCAUGGACCCCCUACAUUUAUAAAGGACAGUGCAGUGGACAAGGGGCAUCCCCACCGCUCAGCCCUCACCCUGCCCCCUGGGCUGAGAAUCGGGCCAUCCUGCAUCCCUGAGGCUGGGCUUGGAGUGUGGAAUGAGGCAGCUGAUUUGCCAGUGGGUCUGCACUUUGGCCCUUAUGAAGGACACAUCACAGAAGAUGAAGAGGCAGCUAAGAGCAGAUACUCCUGGCUGAUCGCCAAAGGGAGAAACUGCUAUGAGUAUGUCGAUGGAAAGGACAGAUCCUGGGCCAACUGGAUGAGGUAUGUGAACUGUGCCCGGGAUGAUAAAGAGCAGAACCUGGUGGCCUUUCAAUACCAUGGGCAGAUUUUCUACCGAACCUGCCAGGUCAUCAGGCCGGGCUGUGAGCUGUUGGUCUGGUGCGGGGACGAGUAUGGCCAGGAGCUGGGCAGCAAGUGGGGCAGCAAGUGGAAAAGAGAGCUCAUGGCCGGAAGAGAACCAAAGCCAGAGAUGCACCCAUGUCCCUUCUGCUUUCUGGCCUCCUCCAGUCAGAAAUUCCUCAGCCGACACAUGAAACUCAAUCAUCCCUCUGAGAUUCUCCCAGGAACAUCUGCAAGACAACACCUCCAAGCAGAGGAACCCUGCGCAGAGGAUCAGAAUCAGCAUCAGCAACAUACUAGUACGCACAGCUGGAAUGAUAAAGCUGAAGGUCAAGAGGUCAAAGAAAAGUCCAAACCUUUGCUUAAAAGGAUCAGUCAGAGGAGAAUCUCAAGACCUUUUUUCCAACCUUCCAAAGAAAGAAUGACAAGCUCUAGUAAGUUUGAGAGAAUGAUGGAGGAAGAGCCCCGCAGAGGCCAGAAAGAGAGUCCAGAGGACACAGGCAAGUUCUUUGUGAAAGUAGGAAUGUCAAGAAUUGUAACGAUUGAGCAUGGAGGGUGUUGGCAAGGCUUCAGUGAGGGGUCACAUUUCAUCAGAGGCCAGAGGACACACUCAGGGGAGAAGCCCUAUGUCUGCAGGGAGUGUGGGAGAGGCUUUACAUUCAAGUCAAGUUUCAUCACACACCAGGGGACACACUUUGCAGAGAAGCCCUAUGUCUGCAGGGAGUGUAGGCAAGGCUUUAUCUGCAAGUCGAAUCUCAUGAGACACCAGAGGACACACUCUGGGGAGAAUCCCUAUGUCUGCAGGAAGUGUGGAAGAGGCUUUACACAGAAGUCAGUUCUCGUCGCACACCAGAUGACACACUCUGGGGAGAAGCCCUAUGUUUGCAUGGAGUGCAGGCGAGGCUUUACAGGCAAGUCAUGUCUCAUCAAACACCAGAGGACACACUCUGGGGAGAAGCCCUAUGUUUGCAGGCAGUGCAGGCGAAGCUUUACACAGAAGACAAAUCUCGUCAGACACCAGAGAACACACUCUGGGGAGAAGCCCUAUGUUUGCAGGGAGUGCGGGCGAUGCUUUACAUGCAAGUCAAAUCUCAUCACACACCAGAGCACACACUCAGGGGAGAAGCGCUAUGUUUGCAGGGAGUGCGGGCGACGCUUUACCUGGAAGUCAGUUCUCAUUACACACCAAAGGACACACUCAGGGGAGAAGCCCUAUGUUUGCAGGGAGUGUGGGCGAGGCUUUACGCAGCAGUCACAUCUUAUCGCACACCAGAGGACACACUCUGGGGAGAAGCCCUAUGUUUGCGGGGAGUGCGGGCGAGGCUUUACAUGCAAGUCAGAUCUCAUCACACACCAGAGGACACACUCUGGGGAGAAGCCCUAUGUUUGUAGGGAGUGUGGGCGAGGCUUUACACAGAAGUCAGUUCUCGUCGCACACCAGAUGACACACUCUGGGGAGAAGCCCUAUGUUUGCAUGGAGUGCAGGCGAGGCUUUACACGCAAGUCAUGUCUCAUCACACACCAGAGGACACACUCUGGGGAGAAGCCCUAUGUCUGCAGGGAGUGUGGGCGAGGGUUCACACAGAAGUCACAUCUCAUCACACACCAGAGGACACACUCUGGGGAGAAGCCCUAUGUUUGCAGGUGGAGUGAGUGAGUCAUUAGCAUUAAGUCACAUAUCAGUAGCCAUAGGAAGUCCACAGCCCCUUACUCUCCCCAAGAUUGUAAUUAGAAGAGAAGUACCUGGUUAAACAAACCCUCCAGUUUCAUGACAAGAUAUGAAAUGGACAAACAGUACCAUAGUGAUAUGGGGAUGUCAGCACCAAACUCGUUCAUGGUUUUUUGACCUAUUCUAAAAUGUUUUGUCUCUAUACACAUCCCUCAUUUUCCCCAUCACUGAAAGCAGAGUGUUCCUAAAGAGCCACAAAGAACUCAUACUCUCAGCCACAGAAGUUCACCUCCUGCAAAUGUGUCAAUCUGGAGUCAGUCUACGUUGGUUACUGCCCAGAGGGAUUUGAGACAGACUCACCUGGGAAGUGAAUUCCCAGACUCCUGGGAAGGGGGCCUUUUCUCCUAACCCUAACCCUAACCCCACCCCUCCUUCCUUGGCUUGUCUUGACUCUUCUAGUUUCCUGCAACGUCUGGAGCCUCAGAGGUGAAUGGCAGGGAGGGAUGGAUGCUUGUGUGUGGACAUGAGCCGUUCGGUCUGGGCACUUGGUCUUCCUCACACUCCUUGCUGCCUUUUCAGGGUCAGCAUUUCCUGGUGCACAGCAUACAGAUUCCACAUCAGCCCAUAGUGGGUGUGAGUGUCAGCUCUGUUUUUUCCAGCUCUGUGACCUAA